GACGAUGUAAGACACCACUUAUAUAUGGGGAAAAGUCAUACGUAUAUUGGUUUAUUAAAUCUUUAGCUAUGGGUUGUCACUUUUUUCAAGAACAAGACCCCUAAGCGUCUCCAGCAACUGGGGUCUAAAAGCAUGGAUUAACUCCACUUAACUGCACCGCAGUGAUGUGCAAGUGCUCCAUCUGACAACCUAUAUAUAGCCUACAUUUUUAAGAAACACAGGCUUUCUUGAGGGACUUCGCAGGGUGUUUGGGUUGAGUGUGAGUUUCCCCUCCCCCUGAGCGAGUGUCACUUUCUCAAAACAACAGAAGCUCAGAGGCACGUUCAUUUGGAGCUUUCAGGUCUCCACACAGCGGAUGUGAUGGAACUGAUGUUCGCUGAGUGGGAAGACGGAGAGAGGUUCUCCUUUGAAGAUUCGGACCGUUUUGAGGAGGACUCCCUGUGCUCAUUCAUAUCAGAGGCGGAAAGCCUCUGCCAGAACUGGAGAGGAUGGAGGAAACAGUCUGCCGGCCCAAAUUCACCCACUGUGAAGAUUAAAGAAGAAAGUCAUACAGGCUUGAAACAACAUGAGGAUGGACAAGUCAUCCCUCUGGUGGAGCUAUCAGCCAAGCAGGUGGCAUUCCAUAUUCCGUUCGAAGUGGUGGAAAAGGUCUAUCCUCCCGUUCCUGAGCAGCUCCAAUUGCGGAUUGCCUACUGGAGCUUUCCAGAGAACGAAGAGGACAUCAGAUUAUACUCUUGUUUGGCCAAUGGCAGCCCUGAUGAGUUCCAGCGUGGUGAGCAGCUCUAUAGAGUGAGAGCUGUUAAAGACCCUCUGCAGAUAGGUUUCCACCUCAGUGCCACAGUAGUGUCGCCCCAGGCUGGCCAAUCAAAAGGAGCCUACAAUGUGGCUGUAAUGUUUGACCGCUGCCGCAUCACUUCCUGCAGCUGCACCUGUGGAGCAGGAGCCAAAUGGUGUGCCCACGUUGUGGCCCUCUGCCUCUUCAGAAUUCACAAUGCUUCUGCUGUGUGUCUUCGAGCACCUGUGUCAGAGUCCCUGUCCAGGUUACAACGGGAUCAACUCCAGAAGUUUGCACAAUACCUCAUCAGUGAACUCCCACAGCAGAUCUUGCCGACAGCUCAGCGUCUUUUGGAUGAGCUUCUUUCCUCCCAGUCUACCGCUAUUAACACCGUGUGUGGAGCCCCGGAUCCUACUGCUGGCCCUUCAGCGUCUGACCAGAGCACCUGGUAUCUAGAUGAGUCCACCCUAAGUGACAACAUAAAGAAGACCUUGCACAAGUUCUGUGGCCCCUCACCGGUUGUGUUUAGUGAUGUGAACUCCAUGUACCUGUCGUCCACCGAGCCUCCGGCAGCUGCUGAAUGGGCUUGUCUGCUGAGGCCCCUGCGAGGUAGAGAGCCAGAGGGCAUCUGGAACCUUCUGUCCAUUGUCAGAGAGAUGUUUAAGAGGAGAGACAGCAACGCUGCACCUCUGUUAGAGAUACUCACCGAACAGUGUCUCACCCAUGAACAGAUCAUUGGUUGGUGGUACAGUGUGAGGACAUCCGCCUCUCACAGCAGUGCCAGCGGGCACACAGGUCGAAGUAAUGGGCAGACAGAGGUCGCUGCACAUGCAUGUGCCAGUAUGUGUGAUGAGAUGGUUGUCUUAUGGAGACUGGCAGUGUUAGACCCUACCAUGAGUCCCCAGAGGCGCUUGGAGCUUGCCGCCCAGCUGAAGCAGUGGCACCUGAAGGUAAUAGAGAUCGUGAAACGAGGGCAGCACCGCAAGUCUCUGGACAAACUCUUCCAGGGCUUCAAACCAGCUGUUGAAUGCUGCUACUUCAACUGGGAAGUGGCCUACCCUUUACCUGGCAUCACCUAUUGCAGCGCAGAUAAGAAAAACGCUUCCUUUUGUUGGGCCAGGGCAAUGCAGCAGCAGCGGGGCAUUAAAGCUGGGACUGGUGGGGAAUCAGGAGAUGGCACUCGUGGUGGCUCCUCAGAAGGUUCUUCCUCUGAACACAAGUCAAGGAGUAACUCACAUCUUCCCCAGCAGGAGGUGGCUGUCCGCCCUAAGGAGACCAUUGUGAGCAAGAGGAAAGGAGUGUCUGGCGUGAACAGCGGAGGCGUUCUGGUUUGUCUGGGUGGCAGGGUCUCUCUCUCACUUCAGGAGGGAGGUAAAGGCAUGUAUAAAGCCAACAGCUCCUCUCCAUCAGCUGGUAGUAAGGCCAAGCUAACGCAGAGCAACAAGGGCUCGUGUGGAAGUUCGAGUGGUGUCAGUGGGAAACACCCUGGCGCAAAGCGGCGAACCAGCAGUGAGGACAGCUCUCUAGAGCCUGACAUGGCAGAGCUGAGUCUGGAUGAUGGCUCCAGCCUGGCGCUCGGGGCAGAGGCCUGCAACACCUUCGAUUUCCUUCCUCCUCCUCCCGAGAUGCUGCCUUCACCCAGCCCGUUGCUCCGUGAGCCACUCAAAUACACCAGCGGUAACGUUUCAAAAGAGCGUGCUUUUGAGACGAAACAUGUGGCACAUGCUGCCAUGCCCUCUGCUGCUGAUGCCCAUGCCUGCUUUUCAAAGGAGAGCUCCAUUGCAACCCCAGUAGUGGUAGCUAUGGAGAAAGAGGUGGAGGUGGAGGUGGAGGCAGACCUGGAUGAAACCGGAGGAGAUGAGGACCCUGUAGACGAUGCUCUGCCCUGUGCGGCGCUCCCCAGCCAGGCUCAGCGGGGCCGCAGAGAGGGAGAUGGAAGUGGAGCUUCAGGGGCCCCAGGACCUCAGGCGGCUGAGGCAGCAGCAGGGGCAGAUGCUGUGGGUGAAGAUGACUAUCAAGCCUACUAUCUUAGCGCUGCCUCAGAAGAGGGAGCGGAUAGAGGGGUUGCAGACGGCAACCAUGAGGAAGAGCCAGACAUCUUUGCUGGGAUUAAACCUCUGGAACAGGAGGGCAGGAUGGAGGUACUGUUUGCCUGUGCUGAGGCUCUCUAUGCUCACGGCUACAGUAAUGAUGCUUGCCGACUGGCUGUUGAACUUGCUCGAGAUCUUCUGUCUAAUCCGCCUGACCUGAAGGUGGAGCAGCCACAGACAAAGGGUAAAAAGAGCAAGGUGUCGACCAGUAAACAGACGCAGGUGGCCACUAACACCCUGUCUAAAGUAGCCUUUCUGCUGACUGUGUUGAGUGAGAGGCUGGAGCUCCAUAACCUGGCCUUCAACACUGGCAUGUUUUCCCUGGAGCUGCAGAGACCUCCUGCUUCUACUAAAGCUCUGGAGGUGAAGCUGGCAUAUCAGGAGUCCGAGGUAGUGGCUCUCCUGAAGAAGAUUCCUCUGGGUCUUGUAGAAAUGACUUCCAUAAGGGACAGAGCAGAGCAGCUCCGUGAUGGAAACUUCUGCGACUAUCGUCCGGUUCUGCCUCUCAUGCUGGCAAGCUUCAUAUUUGACGUGCUCUGCACCCCUGUGGUCUCUCCCACGGGCUCUCGACCUCCUAGCCGGAACCGUAACAAUGAAAUGCCUGGUGAUGAGGAGCUGGGAUUUGAGGCUGCUGUUGCAGCUCUUGGUAUGAAGACAACGGUCAGUGAGGCAGAGCAUCCUCUGCUAUGUGAAGGCACACGGAGAGAAAAAGGAGACUUGGCUCUAGCACUGAUGAUUACCUAUAAAGAUGACCAAAGCAAGCUUAAAAAGAUUCUGGACAAACUCCUUGACCGUGAGAGCCAGACCCAUAAGCCUCAGACUCUGAGCUCAUUUUACUCUAGCAAACCAGCUACCAGCAGCCAAAAGAGCCCAUCCAAACACGCCACCCAUGGUGCCAGCGGAGCCGUGGGGGGAGUGUCAAAGCACACCCCUUCAGCAACAUCAGCUGCUGUGCAGGGCGUGACCGGCGGGGGAGCGGCAGGGCAGCAGGGAGGUUUAGCGGCUGGCGGAGUUCAGAGCACAGCAACGGGAGAGGGCAUCUCUGACAACAGAGAUCAAGAGGGUGCGCAGUCGACCUCCUGUGAGCAGCAAAGCGAAGCUGCACCCUUCAAGCCUGAAGGCACAGUGCCCAGUCGUCUGGCACUGGGGGGCCGCGGGGCAUACGGCACACGCUGCUGGGGAUCACCUGUACGACAGAAAAAGAAACACACUGGCAUGGCAAGCAUUGACAGCAGCGCUCCAGAGACCACCUCAGACAGCUCUCCUACUCUCAGUCGACGCCCACUUCGAGGGGGUUGGACAGCUGCUUCCUGGGGGAGAGGCCAGGACAGUGAUAGCAUUAGCAGCUCUUCAUCUGAUUCACUUGGCUCAUCGUCAUCCAGUGGCUCACGCAGAGCUGGAGGAGGAGCCAGAGCCAAGAGUACUGACACCAGCAGGUAUAAAGGCCGCCGGCCUGAAUGCCAUGCUCCACACGUGCCCAACCAGCCAUCUGAGGCAGCUGCCCAUUUUUACUUUGAGCUGGCCAAGACUGUGCUGAUUAAAGCUGGAGGAAACAGCUCCACCUCCAUUUUCACUCAACCCUCUGCCAGUGGAGGCCACCAGGGGCCUCACCGCAACCUGCAUCUGUGUGCCUUUGAGAUUGGCCUGUAUGCCCUCGGCCUCCAUAAUUUUGUGUCUCCUAACUGGCUGUCAAGGACGUAUUCCUCACAUGUAUCCUGGAUUACAGGCCAGGCCAUGGAGAUUGGAAGUGCUGCCCUCAACAUUCUGGUGGAAUGCUGGGACGGGCACCUUACUCCUCCGGAGGUGGCGUCACUCGCAGACCGCGCAUCAAGAGCACGUGAUCCCAACAUGGUGCGUGCUGCGGCAGAGCUGGCCUUGAGCUGCCUGCCUCACGCUCAUGCCCUGAACCCCAACGAGAUUCAGAGAGCUCUAGUGCAGUGCAAGGAGCAGGAUAAUGUGAUGCUAGAGAAAGCUUGCAUGGCUGUUGAGGAGGCUGCAAAGGGAGGCGGUGUAUAUCCUGAGGUCUUGUUCGAGGUGGCUCACCAGUGGUAUUGGCUGUACGAGCAAACAGUGGGUGGUGGUUCAGGGGCCCAACGAGAGGGUUCCGGCCGCUGCGGGGCCAACGGUGGAGCAAGGAGAACGGCACCCGAGGGAGGCUGCAGUAUCCUGGAUAACACCGGAGUCUUGGAUUCAUCAGGUGUCUCGGCUGUAACUACGACAGUGACGGCAGCCGCCGUAGUACCUGUCAUUUCCGUCGGCUCCACCAUAUACCAGUCACAUGCGCUGCCGGGCUCAGCCAUGGCACACACGGCAGGUCUGCAUCCCUACACCACCAUCCAAACCCAUCUGCCCACCGUCUGCACCCCGCAGUACCUGGGCCACCCGCUUCAGCAUGUCCCCCGUCCUGCCGUCUUCCCCGUCUCUGGGACAGCCUACCCACAGGUAUAUGACUCGAGGAAGGCGUAUCAAGCUGGUUUUAAGAGCAUCUGUUUGUCUUCUCAGGGAAUGCACCCUGCUUUUAUUGGUGCUCAGUACCCAUUCUCUGUGGCCACUGGCCCUCAUCCUCCUAUGGCAGCAACCGCUGUCACUUUCCCUGGCGUUCCAGUGCCGUCCAUGACUCAGAUUGCUGUCCACCCAUACCAUACUGCAGAGGCAGCCCUGCCUCUUAGCACUACUGUGGCAGCAGCAGGAGUACACUCAGGCGCCACCAUCCAGGCCAUUCAGGGGACUUCUCUUCCAGGACUCUCGUCCCAGCCCGCCUCGCUGGUCAGUGCACCAUUCCCUGUGGAAGACGAGCAGCACAGUCAACCAAUCAGCCAGCAGGGCCUGCACUACCUCCACUCGGCCUACAGAGUCGGUAUGCUGGCCUUGGAGAUGUUGGGAAGAAGGGCCCACAACGAUCAUCCGAACAACUUUUCCCGUAGCCCCCCGUACACAGAAGACGUCAAAUGGCUGUUGGGCCUGGCUGCACGUCUUGGUGUGAACCACGUGUACCAGUUUUGUGUGGGGGCAGCGAAAGGUGUUCUUAGUCCGUUUGUCCUGCAGGAGAUCAUUAUGGAGGCUCUGCAGAGGUUAAACCCUGCACAUAUCCACGCACACCUCCGCACCCCUGCCUUCCACCAGCUCGUGCAGCGCUGCCAGCAGGCCUACUUACAGUAUAUCCACCACCGGCUGAUCCAUCUGACUCCCGCAGACUAUGACGACUUUGUGAACAUCAUCCGAAGUGCCCGCGGGGCGUUUUGCCUGACACCAGUUGGCAUGAUGCAGUUCAACGAUGUGCUGCAGAACCUGAAGAGGGGCAAACAGACAAAAGAACUAUGGCAGCGGAUCUCGUUGGAGAUGGCCACCUUCUCACCAUGACUGCUCUAGAGACCAGCGGGGACCGAGACACCCAAUCUCCUGCUGAUUUCCCCCCCCAAAAAGACCACUGACACAGCUCAAUCCGACACACAGUUCCCCUUGAUAGGAAGUGUAGCCAUGCCAACUUCCUGUACAAGACCACUCACAUGACUGAAAAUUUAGUCCUUCAGGCCCAGAAGUCAUGAGAAAGUGGUACAGAGAUACUGGGGCAAGUGAAUUACUUCAGUCAGUGGGUCCCUCCUUCGUCGAGUUGUUGAUCCCAGUGUUGUGUCUGACCCUUUUUUCUUUUGUUACUUUUUGGUGUGUUCAGUCAAGUAACUUAAUGGCGAUCUAUGUUUUAUCUGUGUCCUAACAUCUUUCAUUCACUGAUUAGUAUGUUUUGUGAUCCCCUGAGUUCAUUUAGGUGGUUGAUAAGGGGACUAAGGUUUUCACUUGCUAUGUUGAUGUUUGGUUCAAGUUUGAACAAAA